GGCUGGUCGCCGCGGGGGCGGGGAGCGAGCGCCGCCUCGGGGGGGAGCUGAGGUCGGGGGCCGUGGGCGCUGCGGGGCCGCGGGGGCCGCGGCGGGCGGUGCAUGUGCGACCGCUGGAUGCGGCGGCGGCGGCGGCGGCAGGAUGUUGGGGCAGCAGCAGCAGCAGCAGCAGCAGCUCUACCCGUCGGCCGCGCUCCUGAGCGGGGAGCGCAGCCGGCUGCUCACCUGCUACGUGCAGGACUACCUGGAGUGCGUGGAGUCGCUGCCCCACGACAUGCAGCGGAACGUGUCGGUGCUGCGGGAGCUGGACAACAAGUAUCAAGAAACAUUAAAAGAAAUCGAUGACGUCUAUGAAAAAUACAAGAAGGAAGAUGAUUCCAACCAGAAGAAGCGGCUCCAGCAGCACCUGCAGCGGGCGCUGAUCAACAGCCAGGAGCUGGGCGACGAGAAGAUCCAGAUCGUCACGCAGAUGCUGGAGCUGGUAGAGAACCGGGCGCGGCAGAUGGAGCUGCACUCGCAGUGCUUCCAGGACCCCGCCGAGGGGGAGCGGGCCGGCGACAAGGCCAAGCUGGACUCGGGCCAGCCAGAACGCUCUUCGAGGCGGCCCCGCCGGCAGCGGACCAGCGAGAGCCGCGACUUGUGCCACCUGACCAAUGGCAUCGAGGACUGCGACGACCAGCCCCCCAAGGAGAAGAAGUCCAAGUCCGCCAAGAAGAAGAAGCGCUCCAAGGCCAAGCAGGAGCGGGAGGCGUCGCCCGUGGAGUUCGCCAUCGACCCCAACGAGCCCACGUACUGCUUAUGCAACCAAGUGUCCUACGGGGAGAUGAUCGGGUGUGACAACGAGCAGUGCCCCAUCGAGUGGUUCCACUUCUCGUGCGUGUCACUGACCUACAAACCAAAGGGGAAAUGGUACUGCCCGAAGUGCCGGGGGGACAAUGAGAAAACGAUGGACAAAAGUACUGAAAAGAUCAAAAAGGACCGGAGAUCGAGGUAGUAGCGGCCGUCCCAGCCGCAGGGUUUCGUUGUCUUUUAUAUAAUUCUUUCAGAAUUCGCUUUGAGAAAAUGUUUUAGGGUAAAUGCAUAAGCCUAUGCAAUACUUUUUAAUCAUUAGUAUUAACGGUGUAUUAAAAGUUGUUGUACUUUG